GGCAUAACGCGCGCGGGUCUUUGCCCGUCCGUGCUUAGAAAAAUAUAAACGUCAAAAGUGAAACGUCACGUGGUUGUUCUGUCAAAAUUUGGAGGGAAAUACGUUCGGGUUUUCGUUUUUACUGUGAACGGUCUAAAAUAUUUGUGAAAAAGACUAUGAACCUUUUCGUAUAACUAGCAGUAAAUUCAGUGCAUAAAAGUGAAUUUUAGAAUAUAUUUCAAGAUGGAGGUCGCUCAAACUCCUUUGCAGUUGACUCAAGAUCACACGGAUGGGAGAAUUACUGGUGAAGGCAACGCAUCACCUCUAAGAUGGUCCCCUCCGUCCUCAGCUGCAUUGGUGGCAGCUGCCCUGGCUCCACCAGCGUUACGACCCUGGCUACCAGACCCACCCAGCAAGAAGACCAACCAUUUGGAUGUCAAGCAGGCACGGGGCGCUGUGUCGUAGACAAAGCUCACAGAAACCAGUGCCAAGCCUGCAGAUUGAAGAAAUGUCUCGCGAUGGGAAUGAACAAAGAUGCGGUACAGAACGAACGGCAGCCACGUAACACAGCCACCAUCAGACCUGAAGCUCUGAGAGACAUGGACCAGGAGAGAGCUCUGAGAGAAGCUGCCGUUGCUGUCGGGGUGUUUGGUAUCGACGUGACUAACGAAGAAGAUUCCACUUCAUAUUCACCACCAGCUGCCAUCAACUACCAACAAAACUGCGCUUCUUACAGGCCUUUAGGAGUAGAGAGUGCAGCAGAAUCAGCAGCUCGACUGCUCUUUAUGGCAGUAAAAUGGGCGAAGAACCUUCCUUCCUUCGCUAGCCUCGCUUUUAGAGACCAGGUCAUUCUCCUAGAAGAAGCAUGGUCGGAGUUGUUCCUACUUAACGCCAUACAAUGGUGCUUGCCACUCGACGCUGCGUGUGCCGCUCUCUUUGGAAGCGAUCAACUUGAUCAAGAAAGAAUACGACGCCUUCAUUGCAUCACUAUAAAUGGUUUUGCAGAGAACGGAGUGGACUCGGCGACAUUGCGUCGUCUGAGGGAAGUGCUUGCUAGAAACCAGAGGCCUAAAAGACCCGCUGCAAAUAGAAAAUCUCCAAGACCAAGCGCAAGUGAUGCUAAUGACCCACGCUCGCACAGCUCACGGAACAGCUCCAGCAAGGUUUGGCAGACUCCUUCUCUUACUCCCUCUCCUACGUCUAGUCACACCACAGCAGUUAGAAAGAGAAUUCUUCGCGAAGACUAUUGGACAAACUCCUAUGGAAAAGGUCUUGGCUGA